CUGCACAGACAUCCCUGCUGACUCUGGACCCACCAUGGAGCAUGAUAUUUCCAGGAGAGACUGUGACACUGACAUGCCAGGGAUCCCAUCUGCUGGGACAGGGCCCAACAGCCUGGUAUCACAAUGACAAGUUCUUUGCACAUACGGACACAUACACCUACAGGAUCACAAACGCAAAGCAAAAGCAAACAGGAAAAUACCAGUGUCAGAGCCCUGGCUCCAUGCACAGUAACUCUGUUACCCUGACCAUCUCCUCUGACUGGCUAAUUCUCCAGGUGCCUUCAUACAUGGUGUUUGAGGGGGACCCACUGCACAUGCGGUGCCGGGGGUGGAAUAAUUGGAGUGUGUCCAUGGUGAAAUAUUACAAAGAUGGAGCAGACAUCACACCACAAUAUGCAUCAGCAGAGCUGUCUAUUCCCCGAGCACAGACAAACCACAGUGGAAGAUAUCACUGCAUAGGAUGGAUAAAUUCCAUUUCAUCGCUAAUUAAAAGGGAGUCUCAAGUCUUACAUGUUUCAGUUCAAGAGCUAUUUUCCUCCCCGGUUCUGAGCCUGGACAACUCAACUGAACCUCUUGAAGGAAGCCCACUCGUCAUGAGCUGUGUCACACAUCUCAGCCCCCACAAAUCCCACACCCACCUUCAGUAUCUUUUCUACAGAAAUGGCACAGUCCUUCAAGGCCCCAAGAGCUUCUUGAAGUACUGGGUGCCAGCAGUGCAGCUGGCUGAGUCUGGGUCCUACUCCUGCGAGGUGCGGACGGAGACCUCCAGCGUACAGAAAUGGAGCCCCCAAAUACCCAUCACUGUAAAGCGAGUCCCUGUCUCUGGAGUGUCCCUGAAAGUGCAUCCCCAUGGCGGACAGGUGAAGGAGGGUGAGCCCCUGGUUCUGACCUGCUUGGUGAUGGCGGGCACAGGUCCCAUCUCCUUCUCCUGGCAUCGAGAGGGCUCAGCACAGGUUCUGGGAAGGGACACCCGCUACGUGAUCCCGUCAGCCCAAGGGAGUGACAGUGGGCUGUAUUACUGCACAGCCUCCAAUGGGAAUACCCCAGCCCAGAGCCCACAGAUGCAGGUCACUGUGAUGGGUGCCCCUCAACUCUUCUACUGCUAUAUCAGAGCACCACUGUUGCUGGCAGGGCUGGGAACCCUCCUCUCUGGGGUGGUCGCAGUGCAUGUCCUUGCCUGGGUGGAACGGAGAGGAACAACACAGUGA